AUGGCCUUGAUCCCCAUCGCCAUUGCGGCGCUGGUCGCCUACCAAGUUAUCUCAUAUGCUUUGCGCCUGCGAUUUCAUAUCAAUGAAGCCAAGAGAAGCGGCUUGCCUUAUAUUGUUCUUCCUUGUUCGCCGUUCUGGAUAGGGUGGCAAGUGACCCAUAAGCUAUGGAUUCCUCUCAUCAAGCUACUUCCAAAGUCAUGGUGGGAUGGAUGGCUCGAUAUCAUGCGUCCCAACUUUGUAUAUACAACUCGCCAUGAGUGGUUCGCCAAGGUUGGCGAAACCUUCUUCCUUGUUUCUCCCGGCAGAUUGAUGCUGCUCACGGACAAUGCCGAAACGAUCCGUACCAUUACGUUGAAGCGAGAGCAAUUCCCCAAAUGGACUGCCGUCUACAACAUCUUGAGGCAGUUUGGUGAGAAUGUCUUGACUACUGAAAGCAGUAUUUGGCGGAUGCACCGGAAGGUGACCUCGCCUUCAUUUAACGAGAGAAACGCCGCCUUGGUUUUCCGCGAGGCCAUUGUUCAGACUCAAGGCAUGCUGCGUAUGUGGACAGGCCCUGAAGGUAACACCAGAAAGGAGCCGCUCAACUCUCUCCAGAGGGAUACGAUGAGACUAGCUCUGAAUAUUAUCAGUUAUGUUGGUUUCGGGAUGCGAUUGCUGUGGCCAGGAGCAACACAUGCUCCAGGGACGGAUCCCAAGCUGUUGAAAUACGGCUCGCAUGAGCCUUCGGUAGGUCACGAGCUGAGUUUCACAGAUACCAUGGAGUUUCUACUUGAGCGCCUCCUGGUUUUACUGCUUUUCCCACGGUGGUUUCUGCAAUUACUGCCUUUUGAGAAGAUCAAGAAGGCAGUGCUGGCUUACGACGAAUAUGUGAAAUACAUGAAUGAGCUUCUGGACGAAAAGAUUGAAGACGCACGCAAGGGAGACCACAUAGAAGGCAUGGAUCUCAUGGGCCAGCUUGCGAAAUCCUGUUUUGGAACCGAUAACAAGGAUGCUACCUUGAGUCGCGAGGAAAUCAUCAGCAACGCUUUCAUCAUGUUUGUGGCUGGCCAUGAAACAACAGCCAACACCAUCCACUUCACCCUCAUCUUCCUAGCAAUGAACCCUGAAGCGCAGCGCAAGAUUCAACAGGAUAUUGAUAAUAUCACCCAGGGCCAGGACCCGAAAGACUGGGACUAUGAAAGCUUGGUCAACCCCAUGACUGCCAGCAUGAUUGGUGCCGCCAUGCACGAAACGAUGCGACUCAUGUCCCCUGUGGUUGUGAUUCCCAAAACUACGUACAGCGAUCAGCCCUUGGUCAUGGACGGCGAUAAAUAUGUCAUUCCCAAGAACACGGGUAUCUCAUUGGUGACGAUUUCUGCUCACGUCAACCCUCGUUACUGGCCAACACGACCAAGCAAAGUAACCCCCGGCAAAUCCAAUAUUCUCGACUAUGUUCCAGAGCGGUGGUUCCAAAGUAUGGACAAGGACAGCAGCGCGGGCAGCGAAGACGUCGCCGGCGCCGACUCGGAAGAUUUUGGCGGUUUCCAGGGCUCGGACAUCAACGCGCAGCUCUUCAGACCCGAGCGAGGAUCCUACGUUCCCUUCAGCGACGGGGCCCGAUCGUGCCUCGGACGCCGCAUUGCCGUGGUGGAAAUGAUGGCGGCGCUGGCAGUCAUUUUCCGGAGCUACAGCGUCGAGCUCGCCGUGGACGAGUGGGCGGCGCCGGCGCAGGUCGAUCAGAUGAGCCGGGGGGAGAGGGCGCGCAUCUACAAGAAGGCUCAGGACAAGAGCCGGUGGACGGUGGGACAGGCGACGUCGAGGCUGACGCUGAACCUGCACGACGGCCAGUACGUGCCGGUGCGGAUUGUCAAGAGGGGAGAGGAGAAGUUUGUGGACUGGGUGGAUAAAGAGUGA